GUACCACGUAAGUACUGGGGCGAGACGCUUCACGAAAUCAUCUGACAUCAACUUGUUUCCUUCAGGACUAAAGAAUUUUGACAUGUGCAAAUAUAACGUGUACGGUUAGUUAUUGCUGUUUUACCUGUACACUUGAUUUAAUCAGCCGCCGCUGACUGUGUGAGAUUGCGAAACGUUUUUUUUUUUAUUUUUUUUUUACCUGUCUGUCGUUUGACAUAGUCAGCGUCGACAUGGACUUUUCUUGUAUGGCUUUAAAUGCAGAACUUGCACUCCAACUCCAAGUCAUUGUGUGUGUUGGAACCUGACGGUGUGCUUUGUGGGUGAAACAAAGUACUGACAGAAGAGUCCAGUAAUGGUGUGAAAAUCCUGGAGGACUGAAAUCAGUGGAGGGAAAGUGGCUGACAUGAUCGCUGUCUUGAUGUUGAUCACGUCACUUCCCCAGAUUGUCCCAGCUGUUAGUGAACUUCCCCAACCAGUCAACAUUACCCUGACUUCCAUUAAUUUCAUCCAUUUGCUAACAUGGGAGUCUGGACCUGCAACACCCGUGGAUGUUUAUUACCAAGUAAUGAUCAUUACAGACACGGGAACUACUUGGGUCCCAGUGGCUGCUUGUCAGCAUGUGGAGUUCCCACUGGUUUGCAACAUGACCGAAGCCUUCUCCGACCCAAGUCAGGUGUACAUAACAAAAGUUAUAGCCAAGCUGGGAGCUCAAGCCUCUCUGCCAAGCACUCACCCUGGAUUCCAGCCCAUCAAAGACACUUACCUGGACCUGCCAUUAAUGGCUGUGACUCCUUGUGGCCAAAAUCUGUGUGUGGACCUUCACCCGCAAAUGCAGCAUCUAAGAGAUUUCUAUGAAUCUCUUUGUUACCAACUCAGGAUCAAGAGUAGUGGUGCAGAAAGAGCCCAGGAAACCACAUCUCUGAAGAGAGUCAUUCUGAAGAACCUCGCUCCCGGCAGGGGCUACUGCAUAUCCGUUCGGUUCUUUGACAGCGUAGUCCCCAGGGUGUCCAACUACAGCCAACCUCAAUGUGCCUUUACCUCGAGCAUCUAUACAUCAGAAUCACUCUUUGUAGUUGUGUUGUGCAUCGUGGUGAUUGCUGGUCUCAUCAUUGUGAUCCUUCUGGUCAAUACCGGAUUCCUCUGUCUGAGAAGAAGGCCUAUGCCACCAGCUCUGACGUCCAUCCCCCACACUGAAGAGGUCCUGGUGUUUGUGCCCCACAAAGCAUCAUUGUCUCCCCUUUUCAUCCAAGCACCUCUGCACUCUCCAGAUGAAGAGAUGGACGGUUACAAAACGCAUCAGUUCUCCAACCUUCUCUGUGCCUCCUUGCCGUUGCCUGCGUCUUUCUCUGAACCACUACCGAGCAGCUCUUCAAACUUAUAUUCCAUGUCUUUCCGAGAAGAAUUUUAUUGUCCAAAGCCUCAAGUGUGGAUUUGGAAUGACGCAUCUUCGAACGCAGCAUCGAAACACUUGACGGCAAGCAGACCCUCGAUUUCGGACUGUCUCUUGAAGUCAGACCACGGUCUACUUGCAGACGAAGAAAGGCUAGAGCCGAUGGAGGAGGAGAAUGGGGGCAUUGGAGAGAUGGACAACCAGAGUGUUAACCUCAACACAUUAAUUUUGGGCAGGCUUGCGGAGGAAGAGGAGGAAAAAAGCCUUUCUGAACAAUCGGGUGUGGAUUGCUUUGCCCAGCAAGAGCAUGAAAACUUGCCGGUGACGCCCAGUGAGGAUUCCUUUGAAACAAUUGAUGAAGACGAACACUUUGUAUACAUGACACGGCCAUCUUCGUCUGACUUAUAGGACACAGCUUUUUUGUUCCUUUUUUGACAGCUGCUGAGAUCACUGUGGUGGUUGGUAUUAAGAGUCCUGGUUGGCUUGUUUGACAACCAUGAAGACGUAAAAAUGUAUUUUUCUAAAACGUAAAUAGUUACGUGCAUGCAGCGGAAGAAUAUGCAGUUGCGCGCGCCUUCACUGGGGAAGGGCGUUUUUCCCUUCAUUCAUCCUCUAAGCGUGAGGCAAACUCUUCUCAUGUGGUGCGUCAAAGGAAAGAAAAGGAAAGUGAAUAUUAGAGAUCAUAAAAUGUUGAAAAAGUGGAGAAAUGCUGACCAACAUUGGCUCGGUGCCGGGUCAAACGCAAACGACUAUCAUGAAAGAUAAAGAUGGUUUCCAUAAAAGGAUGUGAAAGGGUCUACUCCUAUGAAAUGGACAGUGAUAACAAAGCAGUGUAGUGGUCUCAAUAAUGAGACCACUGUCUCUCCCUGUCUUGCAACGCCCCUUCCACUGUGCUAGACAACCACAAGGAUAAAAGUAAGGAGUUUUCUUAUUACGUUUUUAUUACCGUUUCAUUUCAUCUUUUUAGUACUGCACUUUAUAUGUCCUUUGUAUGUUAUUUGUACAGUGAACGUGUUGAUUUAGCAAUAAUUUAGGUAUCAUUUCUGAUUUACACUAAAACUCAACGUACAUUGCCAUCCUAGGAACGGAACUCGUGUACGUUGUCCUGUAAUUUCACUCACUUUGUAGCUCAGCAUUAAUUAUUCAUGACAGAAUCGUUUACGUCGACGUAACUGAAAUCAAAAUUAGCCAUUGCUUGCACAUUUACUUGUGACUUUGGCCGGAGACAUCCAGAGAACAGGUGAUAAUAAAAUAUGUUUUAAUCUGUUUUUGUUGACAUGUUUUUUCUUAUAACAGGAGCAGACAUUUAGGUACCCGCAUGACUUAAACAGCAGGCUGCAUUGCUGCAUUCAAACAGAUCCUUAAAGUCUAAAAGCGCAAACUUUGGGCAACAACCGAUGGUCAGCUGUUGAUGUGUGUCAUUCUAACACGAAAUCAUUUCCAAAUAAAAGUCCUGUUGUCAUCAGCUCAACACAAACCCUAGUUGUACCCGAUCCUUCACACUUCUCACAGCAAUAAUCUAACAUACUGUACGGCAUUUGGCAUUUUUCCCAACGCUUCAUGGGGAAAAGACAAUUUGCACACUUCCGUACGUACACACAGGACCGGAUAUACUGAAAUCCCAAAUAACGAGCGUUAAAUUGCGUGAGCAAGCAAAAAAAUUGCAUGUAUCAUUAGUGGCCGUGUUGCGUGAUGAUCUAUGAUUGCUUGCGUAAAAUUAGUUCAUUAUUGAUAAGACAAUGCUUUUAAUAUAAUGUAUUUUCACCUCUAACACAAAGCUAAUAUGUGGAUGUUUUCUUCAGAUAGCUGGGGGUACAUUUAGCCACUCCAGGGGGUACUUGAGAUUUAAAAAUACAGUACAACGUAGGAAAUAAGUAUUUGAUCCCCUGCUGAUUGUGUAAGUUACAAAGAUCUGAACGGUACAUAACUGUUUUGGUUUGAUUAUUUUAAGUGAGAAAGACAGAAGAUAGAAAAAAAAAAGACCGGAAAACAUUAAAUAAAGCUCAUAAAUUAUUUUGUAUUUUCAUUUAAAACACAUUUUUACUAUAAUCCCAGAAGAGGGUUUUUUUAAUGUGCACAAAGUUUGUUUUGUUUUUUUUCCGCAAGUUUAUUACUUUUUGUUUAGAAUUGAAUUUCUACGUCUUUUUUUGUUUUGCAAACGUUCCAAACUUGACCACAACAGAUGUUGGCGAUCAGAUAGCGGUUUACAGCGCUGUGUUUGACACAUUUCCUUUCAAACUAACAUCAUUUUGUGCGGGCGGGGGUACAUACAGUAUAUUGACAUACAUUGGAUUGGUUUCAGCAUCUUUGAUGUCUGGCCAAUGCCUGUCUCAUCAAAACAAGCAAAUAUGGCUUUUCUUAACGUACUUAUAGGAAUUAAAGUAAUUCAACUAUUCCAGUUGCAUUACUAUUUUUAUUUGUGACAUUAUUUCAAGUGAAUGAAAAACUACUGUAUAUGUUAUUGAAUAUUGUUUAAUGACAAUUGCUAACACACCCAUUCCACACAAUACAUUUUAGAUUGACUUUUUAGGAAUAAAUGUCCUGGAACAAACCACCGCUGGCAA